AGCCCACAAGGGCGCGGACAGCAGCAGAGCGGCAACGGGCAGCACAGGCACGGGCAGCAACGGGCGACAACGGGCAGCACAUGCACGGGCAGCAACGGGCGGCAACGGGCAGCACAGGCACGGGCAGCAACAGGCAGCACAGGCUCGGGCAGCAACGAGCGGCAUCGGGCAGCACAGGCACGGGCAGCAUCAGGCAGCAACAGGCAGCACAGGCUCGGGCAGCAACGGGGCGGCAACAGGCAGCACAGGCACGGGCAGCAACAGGCAGCACAGGCACAGGCAGCAACGGGCGGCAACAGGCAGCACAGGCACGGGCAGCAACGGGCGGCAACGGGCAGCACAGGCACGCGCAGCAACGGGCGCAGCGGGCAGCACAGGCACGGGCAGCAACAGGCAGCAACGGGCAGCACAGGCACAGGCAGCAACGGGCGGGCAACAGGCAGCACAAGCACGGGCAGCAACAGGCAGCACAGGCACGGGCAGCAACGGGCGGCAACAGGCAGCACAGGCACGGGCAGCAACGGGCGGCAACGGGCAGCACAGGCUCGGGCAGCAACGGGCGGGCAACAGGCAGCACAAGCACGGGCAGCAACAGGCGGCAACGGGCAGCACAGGCACGGGCAGCAACAGGCAGCAACGGGCAGCACAGGCACAGGCAGCAACGGGCGGCAACAGGCAGCACAGGCACGGGCAGCAACAGGCAGCACAGGCACGGGCAGCAACGGGCGGCAACGGGCAGCACAGGCACAGGCAGCAGCGGGCGGCAACAGGCAGCACAGGCACGGGCAGCAACAGGCAGCACAGGCACGGGCAGCAACGGGCGGCAACAGGCAGCACAGGCACGGGCAGCAACGGGCGGCAACGGGCAGCCACAGGCACGGGCAGCAACGGGCUGGCAACGGGCAGCACAGGCACGGGCAGCAACGGGCGGCAACGGGCAGCACAGGCACGGGCAGCAACAGGCAGCACAGGCAUAG